AUGCCGCGAUCUAAAAAAAAAUUCAAACAACGGCAGCAUUUGAAAAAUGCACUUAAACAACGAAAAUUUUAUAAAAAAGAAAAUAAUGUUGCCAAAAAUAUUAUUGAAAGUACAAGUGGCGGUGGUUAUAAUGUUGUUAAUAUUGAAAGUACAAGUGAUAGUCAUAAUGGCGUAAUUGAUAAUAGUAUCUAUAAAGAUAUACCAAAUAUAUCGGAUAGUAGUCAUAAUAGCGUAAUUGAAAAUACAAGUAAUAGUAGCUACAACGAUAUAUCAAAUAUAUCGACAAGUUCACGACUGCCAAAUAUAGAAAUAGAUAUUAGACAACAAAAAGUCGAUAGACUUUUAGAGUAUGCGAUCGAUUUACCAGAUUCAUUUCUAACAACAUUUAUAAAUAUAAUCAAAAAAGUUUCACAAGAGCAAUUUCGUCAACAACAAUAUUUAAAGACAUGGGAUUUAUUAUUAAAUAUGGCAAUAAAUAUGGAUGAUAAUGAGUUGAGUCUUGGAGUUUCCCUGAUAAACCUUAUGAGAUAUAGUAAAGGACCUAAAACGGGCAAGGUCUUCUCAAAGUAUCUACAGCAAAAGGCUUAUGAUUUUAUUGAAGAAUCGUUAUAUCGUCCAAAAAUUUGCCUUACUAAAUCUAGAAAACCAUCGAAUCGAAAAGUUAAUCGUUUAACAAAAAAAAAUAAAUCCUUACAAAAUAGAAUUAGGAAAUACAAGCAAAUGCAUAAAAAGAAAAUUUCUUUAGCCCGUUCCGCAGCACGUAAAAAGCCUACGAUUACUAAUAAGCAACUAAAAUUAGCCAUUCAAGAUCGACUUAUGAUAAAUAAAAAACAGUAUAGUGCUGGAACCGUUUCAAUGGCUACACAAGUUUGUGAAAUUGGUGAAAUGUCUUAUCGAUCUGCCAUAACUUGCACAAAGAAAGUAAUCGAGUGGUUAAUAAACGAAGAACCAGAUAAAUGGUUUUCCGUUAGCACACUUGUUGGAUGGCAUAAAGAUACAACUGGUAGAAAGAAGAGUCUAUUUAGAAAAAUUCACUUUCUGGUUCUUGAACAAUUUAAAGACACAAAAAAAAUUUCAAAAACAUAUCUUGAAAAGUGGGAACUUCUUUGGCAAUGGCUUAUGGAUCCGUAUUUAAAAAUACAAGUUGAAUGUCUUGCAAAGUUUGAAGAAAGAAUUUAUGAACUGAUGAUGAAUUUUUUUAUUGGAUUUGACAAAGAACCAUGGGUUCUUCAACCUGAUGGCAAAUUAUCACCACUUCUACCUGGUCGACGAGCCCAUGAGAUGUCUGAUGCGUUUAUUAAAUGGAUAAGAAAUUUAUAUAGUAUUAGAGACAAUGUCUGCUUAUUUUUUGAUACAGAGUUAUGGGAUGCUAUCGAUAUUUUAGAUGAUAAAAAUUUCGGGCAAUUUUUUAAUAAUUUAGAAUUAGGCAUCGAUAAAGCUAUAAAUUCUUUAGACAAUUGGAUGAGUGUAAAACAAAUAUCUCUAUUUGAUGAAGACUUAGCUGUUCAAAGAAGAAAUAAAAGAAAAUUUGGUGAGCAAGAUAUUGAAAAACAAGCAAUGUUUG